AUGGCUAACGCUCCUCACGGUGGCGUCCUUAAGGACUUGCUCGUUCGCGAUGCUCCCAUCGCCGCUCAGCUUCGUCAGGAAGCCGACACGCUUCCCGAGAUUGUGCUCACCGAGCGUCAGCUUUGCGACUUGGAACUCAUCAUCAACGGUGGCUUCUCUCCGCUUCAAGGUUUCAUGAACCAGACCGACUACAACGGAUGCCUCGACAACAUGCGUCUGGCCGAUGGCAAUCUGUUCCCCAUGCCCAUCACGCUCGAUGUGGACGAACAGCAGAUCGAGGCGCUCAAGAUCCAGCAGGGCGCACGCAUCGCUCUGCGCGACCCUCGUGACGACAACGCGAUCGCCAUCAUCACCGUUACCGACGUCUACGCCGUCGACAAGGUUCGUGAGGCCACGGCCGUGUUUGGUUCCGACGAUCUUGCUCACCCCGCCAUCACGUACCUGCACAAGUCGGUCAAGAACUUCUACGUCGGUGGUGACGUUCAGGCGGUUUCCAAGCCUGCCUACUACGACUACGUUGCUCUGCGAUACACGCCCGCCGAGCUGCGUCAGCACUUUGCCAAGAUCUCGUGGCGCAAGGUGGUCGCUUUCCAGACGCGUAACCCCAUGCACCGUGCGCACCGUGAGCUCACCGUGCGUGCGGCUCGUCAGCGCCAGGCCAACGUCCUCAUCCACCCAGUCGUGGGUAUGACCAAGCCCGGUGAUGUCGACCACUACACGCGUGUGCGUGUCUACCAGUCGCUUAUGCCGCGUUACCCCAACGGCAUGGCUACACUCGCUCUUUUGCCGCUUGCCAUGCGCAUGGGAGGCCCUCGUGAGGCGCUCUGGCACGCUAUCAUUCGCAAGAACUUCGGUGUGACCCACUUUAUCGUUGGCCGUGACCACGCCGGUCCCGGCAAGGACUCGAGCGGAAAGGACUUCUAUGGCCCUUACGACGCACAGACGCUCGUUACCAAGUACACCGAGGAGCUCGGAAUCGAGAUGGUGCCGUUCCAACAGAUGACCUACAUCCCCUCUACCGACGAGUACCAGCCGGUGGACGAGGUGACGCCAGGCACACAGACCAUGGAUAUCUCGGGAACCGAGCUGCGUCGUCGUCUGCGCACGGGUGCUGCGAUCCCGGACUGGUUCUCGUACGAAUCCGUGGUCAAGACGCUGCGCGAGUCGUACCCGCCCAAGGCCAAGCAGGGCUUUACGCUCUUCCUCACCGGUCUGCACAACUCGGGUAAGGACCAGAUCGCGCGUGCGCUCCAGGUCAAGCUCAACGAACAGGGCGGCCGAUCGGUUUCGUUGCUUCUUGGCGAGACCGUUCGUUCCGAGCUCUCUUCCGAGCUUGGCUUCUCGCCCGACGACAGGCAGAAGAACAUCCAGCGCAUCUCGUUCGUUGCAGCCGAGCUUACGCGCGCCGGUGCCGCUGUGAUCGCCGCUCCCAUUGCGCCCUACGAAAAGUCACGCGCCACUGCGCGUGACAUCAUCACCAAGACCGGCGGUGCUGGUAACUUCUUCCUGAUCCACGUCGCUACCCCACUCGAGUACUGCGAGGCUACCGACCGAAAGGGCAACUACGCCAAGGCACGUGCCGGCCAGAUCAAGGGCUUCACCGGCGUCGAUGACGUCUACGAGGAGCCCACCGACGCCGAUCUUGUCGUCGACAUCAGCCGUCAGUCCGUGGCUGAAAUCACCCACUCGAUCAUCUUGUUGCUCGAAGCCCAGUCGCUCAUCUAA